ACUGCUGAGCCAGCAUUUGCGCAAAAUGAAAAGAGAAACAAAGCCCUACACAUUUGACUUCAAACACUGACAAAGCAGCAAGGCGACUGCACAUCAAGCUUACCAUAGGCUUGCUUAUUUUCGCAAGGACGAAAUGGCGCAGGAUGUUGACCUAGCAGCUGCCCUUAGUGCUCUCCUCGCUGCUCUCGGAGUCGCUAGCAGCGACGAGGCAAUCCUUGAAUAUGCCACGGGCGUUUUAAGCACUAUGGUUGAGGACGAGGGUGAUGAUGAUCUGCAAGAGAACCUGGAGCAUCUCGACCUGCUGCUUGUGGGCGCGUGCGGGGACAGCUACGAGAGCGUGCCGGAGGGCGAGCGACAUCUGCAGCUAGCGGAGAUCGUCCAAGAGGCACGGAAAGCAGCCAAGGCCGCUUCUUCCGCGCCUGUAACCGGCGCAGAUGCAUCAUCCGCAGCCGCCAUAUCGGCAGCUAGUCAACUCAAGGGGCUAGCGCUGGGCUCCUACUCCUCAAGCAGCCUGGGGAGAGGCGGCGGCAGCACAGGCAGCAGCGCGGGCGGCAGCGUCUACGGCGGCCGAGAAAACGUGGCGCCGGACGGCACAACCGCAGGCUGUAGCAGCAGCAGUAGUGCCUCGGCGGCGGCUGUGAGGGAGCUCGCUGCGCUGUGCUCGGGCGCGGUGCCGGACGGCUUCCUGUUGUACGCCCUGGAGCGGAAGUACCACGGCGAUGCGGAGGGCCUGGCGGCGUGGCUACUGGACGCCAGCCCUUCGGACCUGCAAGAGGCGACUGAGCAAUGGGACGAACUGCGGGACCGGGAAGCGGCGGAGGCUGAGCAAGCCCGUUUGCUCAAGGAGCACAACAAGAAGCAGAUUUUGAAACAGUUCGACCUGCGGCCGGUGACGGCGCCCAAGGACCCGCGCAAGGUGGCCAAGGGCGUAUCGGCCCCGGACGCCUUCAUUGGCAAGGAGGCGGAGGCGCAAAAGAAGGUGCGCUACCUGGACGGCCGUGUGGUCAGCAACAAAGGCGAGAAGUUUAUUAUUGAAAAGAUUGGCGAGGAGUGGGAUGGCGGCAGCCGCGGGAAGGUGUACACCAAGGGCAAGCGGGGGAAGGGCUUCACGUAACACGCUUCUGCGUCUACGGCUGCCUCCUCCCCACCGGCACAUGCGGCGGUUGUGCAGGCCUGCGGGUGCGGAGAGGGAUAUCAACGACGAUGGACUUAAGCUGCGUUUUGCAGAAGGUUAGGGCAUGGAUACCGUAUGCCGGAGGAGCUGUGUCGUUGGGAGUUCACCAGUUUGUGCUGUGCCACGCCGCCCUGGGAGCAAGCCUGGGAGGCCAUUACAACCGGACCGAUGAAGAUGCAAGCAAAGCACAAGCCAGGGGCCGAGCGGGGAGGAGCGGUGGGCGCUGGUGCGCUGCCUUAGCGUGGGCUGGAUUGCCUGAGGACAGGGGUGUCUGGCUGGUGAGCACUGGGCCCACGGCGUGGGGCGGGGCAAGGGCGCUCCGAGGGGCAUGGCCGUAGAUAGCCACCGCACGGACCCGACGGACGAGCCGAGGCCAGGACCAGCGGUUGAGCGUGCUGCAAAUAGAUUGAAGGGCUGCAGAAUGCAUCGAAGAGGCAUACGUUAAGAGGUCUAACGGAGCG